AUGUCACCCAUCCCACCACCUCCAACAGGCUUGGUCUACGGCUGGGUCUCAUCGGCCGAUAUUCGCGGAACGCGCGAUAUCCUCGUCAGCAGCCUCAGCACCAUCUGGCUCUGCACCUGGACGUCCCUGUGCCUCAACAUCCCCCCGCAGCACAUCCGCGCUCACCGAAUCCGGUGGCUCUUCAACAAAUUCAAAUGGCAGCUCUUCGCCAUCUUCUUCCCCGAAGUCCUCGUCGCCACCGCCGCCGAACAAUGGCUCUCCGCCCGCCAGUCCGCCCGCGCCUUCGCCCGCCUCGGAUACCCCGAAUGGACCAUUCGGCACGCCUUCUUCGCGGACAUGGGCGGCAUCGUGGUAGCCCCGCCCGACGUGCCCCCCUUCCCCGUCGACAGCCAACAACUCGCCUACCUCGUGGCUAACAAGCACCUCGCGCUGCCCAGCCUCUCAACCGAGGACAUCCGAUCGAUGAACAAGGCCGACGGCCUCGCGCGCGUGGUCACAAUGGCGCAGAUGGCGUGGUUCUGUCUGUCGUGUGCGGCGCGGGGCGCGUCGGGGCUCGGGUUCUGCACGCUGGAGGUGACGACGCUUGCGUAUAUUCUCUGCACGGCGCAUACAUUCUUCUUUUGGUACUACAAGCCGCUUGAUCCGGAAGCCCAAAGGACGUUUGUGAUGCAUACUAGUAUGGCGGAUAUCCGGGAUCGUGAUGCGGACGCGGCUGGGAAAGCGAGCAAGUUGCCGCCGAGCUAUAUGCACACGCCGCUCGAUUUUAUCAAGCCGCCGCCGGACCCGAAGAGUUUGAUAGCCCCGUUUUGGUUUGGUCUCGAUGCUACCUUUCGCCCUUUUCCUCCGAAAGGACGACGACGAUGGUGGCGUUGGAAAACCCCUGGCGGCGGUCCGCAAGUGGUACCUGUGGAGAAGAAGAAGCAGACGGCCCCUCCCAUUGCCCCUGGCAUUACCCCUGUGAAAACACUUGCCAACAGCAGGGUACUCCCUGAAGAAGGAAUCAGCACGGCAUUAAUGCUAUACACCCUCCUCUUCCAAGUCGCCUACUUCGGCUUACACAUCGGCUUCGCAUGGGUGACCUUCUUCCCCUCGCAGACGGAGUGGUUGCUCUGGAUCGUCUCCACGGCUGUGGACUUUGGCCUCAUCGUGCUGUACCUGCUCGCCAUCCCCGUCGGGACACACCUGGCGCCGUAUCUCGGCCGGCUUUUGUUUGAUAUGGAAGCUACGCAUCUGCUGGAGGUUGCGCAUGCACUGCCGCCGUGGGCGAAAUUGGUGAUUCAUGCGCCGUUUGUGUUGGGGUAUGUGGUUGCUAGGAUGGCGGUUUUGGUUGAGUCGGUUAUGAGCUUGCGGGUGGUCCCGGAGUCGGUUUAUCGGGAUGUUAACUGGACCAGUUUUUUGCCGCAUGUUUGA